AUGGGACGAUCGCGCUACUAUGCGUUCCGAAAUGAAAAGGCUGCGCGUCCGAUUGUUCUGGCACAUUACGAAAUUCUUCCACCCGAUGUUGACGACGAGAACGACUAUGAGCGGGAGGUGCGUGACAACAUCAAAACAUUGUUGCAGAAUGGUGCUUUCCUACGGGAUGGAGUAGAUGCACAGCAGGGCAGGACCAAUAAUCUUGCAAACGAGGCCCUGGGCAGCUUUUACUUGUUCGCCGAUGCUGUCCCCGAAGGUGCCGUUGCACUUGCAGCGACUGCGCUUGCUGCCGCUAUCGACGAGUACAAGACCGGUACUUACAAGCAAAUGAAAUUCGUCACCGAUUUAUAUCAACCCAUCUACGACAGCGUCAUUCAGCUCUACCAUGAUGUGCAGAAGGACCACUAUCAUGCAAGAAAUGCUGGGCCGCCAGAAAGAAAUGGGCUCGUACUGCAGGGUAUUGUGAAGCUUUUUUUAUCAUUUGUAUCAUUUUCUGACGGCUAUGCAGAAUCCUGA